CAAGUCUACAUGAAGCGUCUAGAGAAAAUUUGUAUGGUGAUUCUCGUUUUACUACUAUGCAGUCCGAACUGUGUACCGGCAUUGCUACAUCGAUUGAUACAUGACAGCAAAACCGUUACUCUAGCGAGCUCGAGGUUGGUCUAGCUACAGAACAAUUCUAAGCCCCCCUAAUAAUCUAUCAACUUGCUGACGUCCUUCCAAACUUAUAUUCAAGCAAAGCAACAAAAAGAGAAAAUGGCAUUCAAGUGUGCAUGAUUAUUGCAGGAUUUGUGAAGUGUAAUUUGCUACGGAAAACUGGACGCGAGUGCAAUAGCAAAAAUACAAUAGCAUUAAACAUGUACGUCACUCUUUACAAACAAACAACUUUGAAAGAUAAUUUGAAAAUUUAUUUGAAAGAUGAAACAUGUGGCGCCAUGCACUGCAACUGCGUUUAGUUUGAUCAACUCAGGUUACAGUAAAUCUUAUUAAAUACAUUGCGUUGUGACAUAUGCACCACACUGAGUACAGUGACAUGGCUGAGUGAAGAUCAAGACUUAAGAGUUUUUAAGAGGGAGGUCACAUGUUACUAAAUAAAAUAUACAUGCAUGCCAUUUACAAAUCGGAAUCCUUAGACGACUGAAUGACGUCAGGUUCAAAACUUUGAUAGAACCGCAAAACGCUUUUUAAAAACAGUUAGCACAAAAAUUAGUUAACAAAAAGUACGUGAAAUCAAUGUUUUCAACAAGCAAACAGGGCAUCCUAUAGUAUGUAUAUAACAGAAAGACUAGACUAAGAGAAAUCUGUGACAGACGAAACGGUCAAUAAGAAUAGUUUCUGAGGCGGCAUAUUUCACGUAUAGUCGAUCGUCGUUGUAGUGUCAUGCUAAUCAUCUGUUCAGGUGGUGUAUCAAGCCCAGGACCUGUACAUGUCGUAGUCAAUCAACGAUCAACUUCCAGCUCUCGAUCAGAAAUCACUGGACAAAAUAAUUGUUUAAGGCAACCUAGUAGUAACUCUGACAGUAGAUGUCCAUCAUUUAUGGAUGACUGGACGCAUUGUUUCAAAAGAAAUUUGAGGAGUCUCGUAAGAAUUAGUGUUGGAGAAAAUCAAUUCGAAGUGGAAUAUAGAGGAGAUAGAGAAGAUAACUCUCAAUCUAGUACUCCACGUGGUUCAUCUUUUUCUCGAUAUGGUCAGUCAGACCUUCGUGACAGACGCAGACUGGCAUCAGAUCAAGUCCCAACCCAAGGCCUAAACUCUGCACCAUUUGAAUUUACAAGCUUUUCAGAUUAUUCUCAACUUGAUCACAAAGUGCACCAAGCCAGGUUUUAUCAGACUUCAGCAAGCAGAGUUGUUGAAAACAAACGAGAGUCGUAUAGAGACGGAGGAGUGCCCACAUAUAUCUCUAACUGUGUCAAAGAAUCAGCAAAACCUGAUUUAUUGAUUAGAGACGCUACUGUCUCUAAUGCCUCUAAAACCACCACCACCAACACAUCAUCAACAACAACAACACCAUCAUCAACAACAACAACAACAACAACAACAACAGGUGGUAGAGCUAUUGUUGAGGUAUCUGUUUUUGGAAGAUGUAAAGACGUUCAAGCGAUUUUUCAACGGUUGUUUGAUUUUUCACAACAACAAACAGAUAAAGUACACGACAGCACUUCUGAGUCUAUCUGGAUGACUCAAGUGUUUGGUGUUCUCGAGAAAACUGGUAUAGCAUGGAAUCACGUGGACGCAAUGGUAAACGUAUCCCACUGCUUCAGAUUAAAGCAUGCUACGAAAAUUCCCAAAGUCAUGAUCGUAUCUUCUGCUGCCUUAGCCAGCGGAUGGUCAAAAUCAAUAAUUCAAAAAUUGUUUUCACCAUCUAACGCAGACAGUUCCAAUUCCUACCUAAUUGUUGUAGAAGAAGAUGCAGCCGAGACAAAUCUAGAUCUCGAUGAACCGAGUCGCGGUGACGGUAGAGUGUGGCUGUGGAAACAAAAUAGAUUUGUCAACGUUGAUGGCAGCAAAGAACUCGUUGAGACAUUGACAGGUCACAUACGUAAGCAGGCAGCAUCCACUUCUGUUAGUCAAAUGCAUUUGGAUAUGGAACAUGAAAUAUUGUCUAAACGACUGCAAAAAAUGCGUACACUAGAGUUAAACGAAUUCGGGCAACAGCUAGUAAAAAGUGGUGGCAAUAUGUCAGAAAUCACAGAAAUGAUUGACUAUCUAGAGAAAAGGAGCAUUCUUUUAUUGGAUAGAAAUGUAUUGUCUCUUAUUGAUCGUGAUGACACGGAUGGACUGUCUAAUAAUGAAAAAUGGUCUAAUGCUAAGUUGAUGUUAGAUCCAUUGUGGUUUUACGAAACGGCUAACACAGUCGUAGAUGGCAUCAUUCAGCAACAGAAAGAAAGAGAACGUGCCAUUGUCCCGUGUGCCCGUCACAAAGGCUUUUAUUCGGUCUCUGACGUCAGGACGGUGGUACGAGGCUGUAUGCCACAGGCUUCUUUAGAAGAACAGCAAGAGUUUUUGAAUAUAUGCCAUAGUCAAGGCCUAGUUAUUGAUAUGAAUAGUCCAGGAUUUGAUACCGACGACGUUGCAUACAACACGUAUGUAAAAUCGGUCAAUACAGACACCAGCGUUUCGAAUUGUCGUUGUUCCUACUUUAUUCCCGCUACCCUUAUUUGCGAGGUUAUGCCUCCUCUUUCCGGACGGAUUCCUUCCUUAGCUCUACGCACCCCGGGAAUCUAUUGCACAGAGAUUCCGAGUUUUGUGUUUUACGACCUCGUCUCUACCCUCGCAAAACGCUUUCCGCUAGCAGCAAAGUGUUCACGGUAUAUUGUCAGGCUCAACCCCGAGCCUUCACACGUUCUGCAGUUGGAAUACCCAGAAGACGGCACGCACGUUAAAGUAACAAUGUUUGUCACGAGUGAAGACGCGGUAUCGUCUGGGACCGUGUGUUCGACAGUCAAAGAGCUAAUCAGGUCACGAGUCGAAGAGCUCGGUGUAAUAUAUCCGUUGGUUAAAACGCUAAAACUUCAAUUCGCUGCCGUUCUUGAUUCUAUUGGCGCUGGAAAUACAAUGACUGAUUUCGUCGAUAUCAAUGGCAGAGACCUAGAACGGUCGAGUCAAUUCUUCUCAGUCGGAAAUCAGUCAUUUCGACCGGCUUCUGACUUUCUGCUGUGGUACGGAGGAUUGCAGAAGGUUUCUUCUAUUCAGAGAAACUUUUCGAAGUAUGCUAAAGAAAUUGAUGGUUUGGCUGCUGCUGAGUGGUUGUUCGAGAAGAAUAUCAUCACAGUUUCUGAGCUAGACGACAUUUUACAACUAAACCCACUCACUCGGUCGCCUCGCCUUCUCUCGAUACUCUACAAACGUCGACAAUUAGGAGAAAAAUAUGUAGAAGAAAUCUUGGCAAAUCCGACGACGAGAACUAACACUAGACAUCAAAGAAUUGCUGAAUUACGGAAUACUCAUGGCAAUGACAGCGGCUUUGCGACCACCAGUUACGCAGGUGGUUCCUCGACCGGUCUCGACAGCUGCCAGCAUGUUCAAUCGACCAAGAGCGACGAAAAACGACGGCUAUCGCCUCUAAUCGAGAAUGAUAUUCAACCAGAAGACAUGAUUUCUUCCCCAACGUUAGAUAGCUCUCCACACUGCGACGGUAUUCCACUCGUAACUAGCACAAGAAACGCGGUGUUAGCAGACAACGCGACAGAAACGGUCGGUAUACAAGAUAACACUACGCUGGUUAUGUCUAGCAUAAGAGAUAGUACAGCUGCUGUUUGUACCCCGAGGUCGAUCAAUUCCAAAGCUGUAGGUUCACUACAAGGUGCAUCUGCACCGGUAGAACAAACCCAUAAAUCGAGUUACAACGUCUUGUCGUCUGCCCACUCGCUAUCGGUCACAACUCGAGGCGACACAAUUCCAGAGCCCGUGGUCGAGGUAGUAAAUCUAAAUUCUGUUCUUCCCGGUGGUACCAACAACAGUCACUUAUCGUCUGACAUUUUGCAGUCGACUAGAGCCGCUGACAGCAACGAAAAACAAGAAAAACGAGAUCCACAGAUACAGCCAAUAUUUGAAGCAAAGUACUAUCAUGUCGAACGGGCGAGUAACGGGUUCGAUAAUCGUUCCAUGAGAGACGGUGGCAAGCGACUCGGUUCGGGAUCGUUUGGAACCGUCUACCACGCGGUGCUACACUCGGAAAUCGGCGGAAAGUUCGAAGUGGCAAUCAAACGCUUUAAAAAUGCUACAAGUCUUAACCAGUUUCAAAUUGACUUGAAUCGCAAACAGUUUGGUACGGAGAUGAACAUCCUAACACGUUGGGUGCAUCCCAACAUCGUGCGGCUGCUAGGGUUUUCGAGCGACGGACCCCAAUUAUGUCUUCUGUAUGAAUAUAUGGCGCACGGAGCUCUUUCACAUCGUCUCGACUGCAAAGACAAAACGCGUCCGAUUGAAUGGAAGCAUCGUUUGUCUAUCAGUCGAGAUAUCGCCGUCGCCAUCAAGUUCCUCCACACCGAAUACAAACACGCAGUCAUUCAUCGAGAUGUGAAAUCGUCGAACGUGUUACUGGGAGGAGAGAUGGUGGCGAAGUUGAGCGACUUCGGUCUUGCGGUCGUCGAAGGAUUCGGUACCGACCAGUAUUCUACUGAUGCUCGCGGUCCGUCGGUCGGCACCAAACCCUACAUGCCACCCGAGGCCUUCGAAGGCGUAAUUUCUACAAAAACUGAUGUGUACGGCCUGGGAGUGAUUUUGUACGAACUCGCAACUGGACUCCCACCGUAUUCAAGCAAGAAGAAACAAAAUCUGAAACAGUACAUUGAAUACAUCGAAAACCAGGGAGUUGACAUGCUCAAGAUGCUCGAUCCGAAGGCCAAGUUUCCCAAAGCUCAUGAAAGGAACGACGGUUGUCUUUUCGGAUUGGAGCUGCUGGAGGUUGCAAAGUUUGCUACAGUAAGGAAUACCGUUCAAAGACCGGACAUUGUUGAGGUUUCACGUCGGCUAGAAUUACUCGCUAAGAAAGUUGUCUGAUUGUAAAAAUAACUGUGGCGUAUAGAUUCCUUUUUGAAACUUUCAACUUCAUGCAAAUUAAACUAUUGAUUGUUGCUUGGAUUUAGAUUUCUCAAUGUUUGUCACAUUUGGUUGACGUUUGCUAUAGAUACUACAAAUAUUUCAUUUA